UUCCUUGUUUGCCAAUUUCCAAAAACAUCGAAGAAGAAUUGUGCAUGGCCUAAGCUAGAAAACUGCUGCAUUGUCCCAUUCCUGCUAAUAUUUCAGCAACCAUGUCUUCAGCUCAGCAUCUCAGAGAUUUUAUCAGAGAGAGACUAACUGCUGCUGCUCAAGAAAUCUUCACCGAGGUUGAAAAAACCAUCAUUUGCUACGAGGAAGAGCUCGAUGCUCAGCGCAGGAUGAUGGGGAUCAACUGGAAACCAGAAAUUAAGCUACACAGAGUCGGUUCGGAGCUGCAGAGACAAAGUUCUGACCUCCAACAGCCAAGUGUCUCCAAUGAGGAAGAAGCUUCUGCCAUCCAACAAGUCUGUAGCCUGGCAAGUAGGUCCAGUCAGGAUCAGAAAGAAGCAGAACAUCAGUGGACUGAAGAGGUACAGAUGGAACCAGAAUCAAAAUGGAUUAAAGAAGAAGUGAACGAACCACAACCUGCACUGCUCAAACAUGAGGAAUUGGAUUAUCCACUAACAAAUGUAAAAAACGAGGAGUUAGAUUGUUCAGUGCUUCAACAUGAACAGCAGCCACCAGAACAUUUACCAACUGGACAGGACCAGAAGAACCUCUGCAGCAGUCAGGAGGGAGAGCAGCUUGUCCAGAAGCAGUUUGCUGCUUUGAUUGAAACUUCUACUCUUCAGGAAGAUGAUAUGAAUGAAGAAGAGAGAAGAACAGAGCAGUUUUCCCUUCAUAUCUCUCCAGUGGUUGAGAGCAAAGAUCAGGAAGGAAGCAGCUCCUCUCUGUCAGAGAGUCAGUCUGGUACCAGUACAAAGAAAAGAUCUUUCAAAUGUGACAUUUGUGGGAGAUGUUACCCACAACAGAGUAAUUUUUUAAACCAUUACAGAACUCACACUGGUGAGAGACCUUUUUCAUGCCAAUCAUGUGGAAAGGGUUUUUCUCAUAUUAGUCAUUUUUAUCGUCACAAGAAAAUUCAUACAGGUGAGAGACCUUUUUCAUGUGAAACAUGUGGAAAAAGUUUCUCUAAUAUGAGAAAUGUAAUUCGUCACAAGAAAAUUCAUACAGGUGAGAGGCCUUUUUCAUGUGAAACAUGUGGAAAAAGUUUCUCUAAUAUGAGAAAUGUAAUUCGUCACAAGAAAAUUCAUACAGGUGAGAGGCCUUUUUCAUGUGAAACAUGUGGAAAAAGUUUCUCUCGAAUAAGUACUUUAAAUGACCACAAGAAAAUUCAUAUGGGGGAGAGACCUUUUUCAUGCCAAUCAUGUGGAAAGAGUUUCUCUCAACGUAGUGAUUUAAAUCGUCACAAGAAAACUCAUACGGGGGAGAGACCUUUUUCAUGCCAAUCAUGUGGAAAGAGUUUCUCUCAAAUUAGUGUUUUAAAUCGUCACAAGAAAACUCAUACUGGGGAGAGGCCUUUUUCAUGCCAGUCUUGUGGAAGAAGGUUUACUCGAAGUAGUACUUUAAAUGACCACAAGAAAAUUCAUACUGGGGAGAGGCCUUUUUCAUGCCAGUCUUGUGGAAGAAGGUUUACUCGAAGUAGUAAUUUAAAUGAACACAAGAAAAUUCAUACUGGGGAGAGACCUUUUUCAUGCCAGUCUUGUGGAAGAUGUUUUACUCGAAGUAGUACUUUAAAUGACCACAAGACAAUUCAUACAGGGGAGAAGCCUUUUUCAUGCCUGUCAUGUGGAAAACGUUUCAUUCGAAUUAGUCAUUUAAAUGCCCACAAAAUAAGUCAUACAGGUGAGAAGGGUUUUCACAAUAAACAAUAAAUUAAUCAGCAGUACAUAAAUAUGAGCUUAAGAAUAAAAUGAUGGCUAUAAUAUUACUUCUUUGUUUUUAUCGUCUCUCCUUCUACAAAGAAACUGGAUGACAAAGAAUUAGUCUCCCGUGCCUCCUGCUAUUCCCUCCCCUCUCGUUUUAUUGGUAGCGGCUAAACACACAGGGAGCUAAAGCGUCAAUUUUCUUCCACUCUGGCUGAACUGAACACCUGGCACACGAUAGCGAUGAUAACAACAAAAGAUGAAAGUUUACCAACUUUCUUGCAUAGCGUCUAUAGGUGUAUGAGCUAGAAAUGUCACAUGCAUGAAUUGUGUCUUUUGCUCAGCUGGAUGAGAGCUAGCGACUGUCGUCUCACUAUGCAAUCUCCAUAAGAGGGAGAAGCGCCGUCUCCUGUCAUCGUGUGACCAUUACUUCAGUUACCUGCUGGGCUCCUUGUCUCCUACCACACAGUGUAGCAUAAAGCCUGGUGAGGAGGAGCAAGAGGUCUGGGAGCCUCUUGGAUUCAAACUACAGUCUAUCCAUGUUUCUUAUAGACAAAGUUACUGAUAAAGAGAAACCCUUUCAUUUGUCUUUUUCUUCUUUUCUCUUCUUUGAAAACCUGGAUGUUAUUUUCUUGACUGCAUUGUUCCAGUCAGUCGUUGUAGUCUUUGGCUGCUGCUGAACACUGUUGCCUACAAGUUCACUAAGCAGGAGCAAACCAUUUAAUACAGAUCCACAGGGCUGUUGAGUAAAUAUGGAUCUUUGCUUUUUGAUCUGGGAAUGGUAACUUUUAAUUUUUACUGCUAAAAACAAAUAAAAUAACAAAUUAUAUUAUAGACAGAGGCAGUAAUAGUUUUUCUAUUUAUAUAAAAUUGAACCCCUGUAAAAAUUUGUGCUGAUUGGAUGUAUUAAACAACUUCACAACUGCAACAUAUGGUGAAAUUAGAUAUUUCUAACAUUUUUAACUAUUAGUCAUUGUUUAUCUGCCUUGUGAUGUUUUUUACUUGAUGAUUUGUGUAUUUAUUUUUUUUCUAAAUUGGAUGGACUACAUUUUGUCUCGUAAUAAAGAUUUAUGAAUUAAUA